GGCCGGGGCCGGAGCGAGCGCACCUUCCGCGGGCCCCGGCUGCCCGGAGCCGUGUGGAGGUCUUGGCAGUUGCUAAAUGGAGUCUUUUACUGGUUAAAAAAAAGUGGAGUACCAGAUGCAUGUCUUGUUCUCUUCACUCUCUGCUAGCCUGACGGAGGCUUCACUCUCUGCUAGCCUGACGGAGAAACAGCUUGUGUGACAUAUAAAUCUUGGUGGACAGCGUGGGCUGCAGGCCGCUGAGCUGGAAUUCCCCAGGGCUGUCUGAGCCAGAGUGUGGAGCAGGGCCCCAGCCUGCUGCCUGCAUCAUGCCAGCUCUGUCAACAGGAUCUGGGAGUGACACAGGUCUGUAUGAGCUGUUGGCUGCUCUGCCAGCCCAGCUGCAGCCACAUGUGGACAGCCAGGAAGACCUGACCUUCCUCUGGGAUAUGUUUGGUGAAAAAAGCCUGCAUUCACUAGUCAAGAUUCAUGAAAAACUUCACUACUAUGAGAAGCAGAAUCCUGUGCCCAUCCUCCACGGUGCGGUGGCCUUGGCCAAUGACUUGGCUGAAGAGCUUCAGAAUAAGCCAUUAAACAGCGAGAUCACAGAGCUGUUGAAACUACUGUCAAAACCCAACGUGAAGGCUUUGCUCUCUGUACAUGACACUGUGGCUCAGAAGAGUUACGACCCUGUGCUGCCUCCUAUGCCUGAUGAUAUUGAUGAGGAGGAGGACUCAGUAAAGAUCAUUCGUCUGGUCAAAAAUAGAGAACCACUGGGAGCCACCAUUAAGAGAGAUGAGCAGAGCGGGGCCAUCAUCGUGGCUCGAAUCAUGAGAGGAGGAGCUGCAGACAGAAGUGGUCUUAUUCAUGUUGGUGAUGAACUAAGAGAAGUGAAUGGGAUACCAGUUGAGGAUAAAAGGCCAGAGGAAAUAAUCCAGAUUUUGGCGCAGUCUCAGGGAGCAAUUACGUUUAAGAUUAUACCCAGCAUCAAAGAGGAAACACCAUCUAAAGAAGGAAAGGUGUUUAUCAAAGCCCUCUUUGACUACGACCCUAAUGAGGAUAAAGCAAUUCCAUGUAAGGAAGCUGGACUUUCUUUCAAAAAGGGAGAUAUUCUUCAGAUAAUGUGCCAAGAUGAUGCAACCUGGUGGCAAGCGAAGCAUGAAGGUGAUGCCAAUCCCCGGGCAGGCUUGAUUCCCUCCAAGCAUUUCCAGGAAAGGAGAUUGGCAUUGAGACGGCCAGAAAUACUAGCUCAGCCACUGAAAAUUUCCAACAGAAAAUCAUCUGGUUUUAGAAGAAGCUUCCGUCUUAGUAGAAAAGAUAAGAAAACAAACAAGUCCAUGUACGAAUGCAAGAAGAGUGACCAGUACGACACAGCCGAUGUGCCCACGUACGAGGAAGUGACGCCCUACCGGCGCCAGACCAACGAGAAGUACAGGCUCGUGGUCCUGGUUGGUCCCGUAGGAGUGGGUUUGAAUGAACUGAAGCGCAGGCUCCUGAUCAGUGACACGCAGCACUAUGGUGUGACCGUGCCCCACACUACCAGAGCAAGAAGAAGCCAGGAGAGUGAUGGUGUUGAAUACAUUUUUAUUUCCAAGCAUUUGUUUGAGACAGAUGUACAAAAUAACAAGUUUAUUGAAUAUGGUGAAUAUAAAAACAACUACUACGGCACUAGUAUAGACUCAGUUCGGUCUGUCCUAGCUAAAAAUAAAGUUUGUUUGUUGGAUGUUCAGCCUCAUACAGUGAAACAUUUAAGGACACUAGAAUUUAAGCCCUACGUGAUAUUUAUAAAGCCUCCAUCAAUCGAGCGUUUGAGGGAGACUAGAAAAAAUGCAAAGAUUAUUUCUAGCAGAGAUGAACAAGCAGCUGCAAAACCCUUUACAGAGGAAGAUUUUCAAGAAAUGAUUAAAUCUGCACAGAUAAUGGAAAACCAGUAUGGUCAUCUUUUUGACAAAGUUAUAAUAAAUGAUGAUCUCACCGUGGCAUUCAAUGAGCUAAAAACAACAUUUGACAAAUUAGAGACAGAUACCCAUUGGGUUCCGGUGAGCUGGUUACAUUCAUAACUAAGGAAAGUUUCUGUAAUCAUCUUUUUUGCAGAGUGCAUGAUUAAAUCUAUUUCCAUUUUGGUGGUUGGGUUUUUUUUUAAUCUACAUCAUAGUCAAGAGAUGUGCAAUCUGUUAAAAUUGAAUGUUGGUUUUGUUUGUAACUUUUUACAGUCUUAUAUCAAAUACAGCAUUUGAGUAUUAGAUCCAAAAUCAGAAUUUGCCCUGCACUGUAUUCUGAUCAGAGCAUUAAACCUUCUGGUUGUCUUUAGUGUGUAGUCUUUCUCCAAGAUGAAGUGAGAGAGAGCGAGCUAGAGAAUAUAUACUGGAAUUCAGUACUUCCACUGGUCUCAGACAUCUGCCAUCAAGUUUGUAUAUUAGUGGUUGUAGGUAUUAGCUUGGCAGCCUAGAACAACUUUGCUUAGAAAGCUGUUUUCUGGGUGGAUCAUCAUAGACUAAGGAAGAAUCCUCUUUCUGUUCUAAAAGUGCAGCCUUCUUAUGCAUACAUAAUGCUCAUGGUGUGUGCAUUUAAAAACCUUACAGAAAUUCCUGAAAACUUGCUUUAGUAUGAGUGGUCUUCAUGGAAUAGCUUGAGAAGACCUUAUGAAUACUUAACUGUUACUCAACACAUAUUUAAUAAGGGAAGUAGACUUAAAAAAAAAUAGUAUCUAUCUACCGAAAAAUCUUUCCUGACUGUGUCAGAUUUAGUGAGAAUGGCGCUAUCUUGGAGCAAGUAAUGAUUACAAAGGACAUUUUUAUUUGUAAAUCCUCAUAUGACACCUCUGGUGUCACCAAAAAGUUUUUGAUUUUAGCUAACUGAAUUUCCCACUAAACUAUAAAAAUGUGAUUCCUAUUCUAAAAAUUACUGAUACAGUUAUGGAAAAUGUGAUCAUUUUUCAAAUAUGUGCAAACUGGUCACCAUAUAUUUAAGUUACACCAAGAUGUAUUUUAGAAAACUUUUCAUAUAAGCUUAAUUUACUUUUCACCUUCCAAACAGUUCUUAAAAUUGACCAGAUACCAUUGUAAACUUACCAUUUUUAAAGAAGUUUAACAAGGAUUCUUACAAUGUAAAUAUUUACAUGGGAUCUGUCAGUUUUCUUUGAUACUACAGAUUGUUAGCAAGCAAAUUAUAUAGUUCAAAAUACUAGAAAUGUCUAUAAGUUGUAUAAGAUGUCCUGCCGUUCUUGCAUGUUGUAAGACUUGCCAAUCCGAAUCAUUGCAUCUGUGAGUUGCAAACAAAAAAGAUUAUUUUUUGUUGAUUUGUAAGGAGAGUUUAGAUGUUAUGUUUAAAGAAAAAAAUAGAAUGUAGUGAAAUUUUAUAUAUUUAUGAAAUAUUUGAAAAGGCAUAUUUUUUUAAUUAUCAAAUGGGGCUCUUCAUAACAUAAAUUGAUUAUAUGUAAAAGUGUCAUAAUUUAAAAAAGUAGUUUUUUUAAGUCAGGGUCAACAUUCCAUGUAAAUACUUGACUUUUAUUUGUACACAGAAAGGUGCACACAUGUAUUACAUGCACUGCACAUUUGAUAGCACUAGCCACUGGAGUUCCUGUGUGAUGGAGACAAAAAUGACUUUCAUGGCUUGAUAAACAAAAAUAGAUAAUCUGACUUAAUACUGCUUAACAACAUAAUCCAAAUGAGUUUUAAGUCUAUUAACCAAACAGUAAGCCUUUUAGUUUUUUAAAAGUUGGGGAGGAGAAGGAUUGUCAUAGCUGAUACAGAAGCUUGUAAGUUGUGUGGCUGGUCUAAGAAACUGUAAGUCUUACAUAGAUGGUUUGGGAAGAAUAUUCUCCUCUUUGAACACUGACUAAAAUUACCUAAAAUUGGAACUUCUUAUAAUGGGAAAUGUAAAAUAAUUAAGGCACAUCUGAAUAAUUUAGGCAUUCUAAAUUCUUUGUUUUGAAGAAUCUACAUUGAUUUUUUUUUUUCAUUUGCAAAUAACUGCCUAAAUUCUUUACUUGUAGGAAUAGUGGAAAGUGGUCAAACAGCCCUUUUUCUUGCUGGUCGUGGUGAUGGGGGUGUUAAAAAAUUCCACACCUUUCUCCCUCUCUAGGCUAGAGCUGCACAAUAAUUUUCCAUUAAAAAAGGAAGGAGGCACUUUGGCAAUUUGAGAAAUCUUUUAUCAGGUAGCAUACAUGGAAUUGCAGUGACUUUUAUGUGGCCAUCUUGAUGCUUGAUGUUAGAAAGACAGAUUUGGUUAAAAUUUAAUAAGGUAGGCUAACUCCAAGAGCGUGUUGGUAAUUGUAGCAAAGGACCCUUCAUUCUGUACGUUCUUCACCUCCCAGCCUCCUUUUCCAGCAAGAUAAGCUCUGUAUGUACUUCACUGUGCUAGUUCUUUGAACAGCCUCCUCCCAAUACAGUGUCUAUUUGAGAGAAGAGAGUAGGGGGGAAUGUUGUUUUCAGUACAUGUAUUUAAAAUUAAUGAUCAAGAAAGGAAUUCUGUCUUUCCAUGAAUAACAAGUUAUAGUCAGCUAAAAAUAAAAUUUCUUACCACUGUUUUGCUUAUUGAUAUAGAUGUCCUUGAGCUCUUUAAGGCUGACUUCCCUGUCAUUGUGUAAUGAUUCAAUGUACCUAAAUUGUAAUUACUUAAAAUCAACAAACAUGUAAACUUCUCAGAUUUAAAAAACUGUCAUGAAAAGCUUCCUGAGGAUAUACAUUUUAUUUAUUUUCUUUUUGACUAGUAAGAAUUUAUAAAUACAUGUAAUAGGAAACCUUUGCUCAUAAUA